UUAGCCAUAUAGUCAUAGAUUGUGUGCUCUUUCAGCCAUAUAGCUACAGAUUGUGUGUGUCACAGAAAAGAUUAGUUUCAUGUAUUUUAUGAUGUUAGAGGGGGUUUAUAUAAUAAAUGCCCAAUAUUUUGUCCAUAUCUGGUAGAGCAUGAGCAUACUGGGUAAAUUGUGAAAACGUUGUCAUAACUUUUUAUGAGCAGUAUAUUGAGUUUCUUCAGUGGGAAAUUAAGCUGCAGGUAAAAAGCAUGCAGGCUGUGGGAAAGGUAAAUGUCACCUGUCUGUUCAUCAGUGCAUUUGCCAAGAAGGUUUCCAGCAGGCAAGUUGACUGGGAAAUGGCUCUUAGGAGCUUUUUGGGUUUGAGCGUGAGCCAGAACCACGAGAACCUUUGGGUUGGAGCGUGAGCCAGAACCAUGAGAAGUAUGUGAGCUACGAGAGCUAUGAUAGCUAUGUGAGCUAUAACUGGGUGUGAGGGAUGACACAGAUGUGGCCAGCGGAACUGUAGGAGAACCAUCUGCAAGAGAUGUCUACAGACUAGCGUGGUGGCGGACUGUUAUUAGGAUAUCUGCAAGAGAUGUCAACAGCCAACCAUCCAAGAUGUGCUAGUGUCUGGUCGUCAUCAAGAUAUUGAUAGUAUUCGCAAUGACAGUGAAUUUCAGAUGAGUUUAUACUGAUACAACCUGAACUGAUUUAAAAUGAUUAUUUAACUAAGGCUCGAACAUUGACUAGAAGCUAGUUGGCUCAGACUGGUUUACCAUGGACACCAGAAUACAGUUUUUUUGGGGGGUUUAAUUUAACUCUCUCCGUCCGGUUGUCGAGUGUACUCGACUUUAGCCGUUUCACUGUGAAAUCCGGUUGUCGAGUUCACUCGACAAUCGAAGUAAGGUAUUCCCUGAUUACUAUAAAUAGCCCUGUAUAGACUAUUUAUAAGCUACCUUCUGCGCAUGUACGGAUGAAUGGUCCAACUUCCUUCCUGUAUCGAAAAAUCUAAUGCUUACAUGAAAUUUUUUUACUUUUUUAUCUGUUGAAAUCCUUUAUCGCGAAUCGAUUUUUUUUGGCCCAAAUAAACAUGGCGGCCGACGAAGAUGCUAUUUGGAGAGAAUUCUUUGAUGAUAGCGAUUCAGAUGAAGAUUUGUUUGAAGGUUUUAUGGCGAGUGAUAUCGAUGGAGAAAUGGAUAGUGAAGAUUUUUCGGAAUCUGAUGUUGACGUUCCGACACCAGGUGUUUCAUUAUCGGAUUCGUUUGAGGAUUCUUGGCUUCCGCGAUUCGACAAACGGACCGGCGUUUUGCUCGAUACAGAUGGAACAGAAACUGCGUUUGAAAUAUUUUGUAAGUUUCUUGACGAAGAUUUCAUUUCGAUGCUAACAAUUCAAACGAACUUGUACGCAGAACAGUAUUUUGAAAAGCACCCCAAAGAUACAUUACCGCCUUGUUCUACAACACGUGGAUGGGUACCUGUAGUGAACACUGAAAUGAAAUCAUUUUUGGGCAUUUUGUUGUUCAUGGGCGCUGUCAAGUUGCCCAAUUAUGCUUCCUAUUGGUCAACAAAUGCAUUGACCCAAAUGAAAGGAUUUCGAGAGAUCAUGAGCCGUGAUCGCUGGCAAAUAAUAUGGAUGUUUUUCCAUGUGUGUGAUAACACAACAAACCUUCCAAGAGACCAUCCAAACCAUGACCCAACUUUCAAAAUCCACCCUGUUGUUGAUAAACUGAUUGAAAGAUUUCGCGACAUUUAUUACCCCGAGAAAGAACUUUCUGUGGAUGAAAGCCUUAUUGCAUUCAAGGGCCGUUCAUCUAUGGGUCAGUAUAUGCCACAGAAGCCACAUAAAUGGGGACUGAAAGCAUGGGUACUGUGUGAAUCCUCGACAGGAUAUUGCUACAACUGGUUUAUGUAUGUUGGACGAAAACAAAACACAGAGGUGGGACUAACUAAUUCAGUUGUCAUGCAGUUGUGUGAAGUUGUCAAGGAUGCAGGACAUCAUGUAUACAUGGACAAUUUUUUUUCUUCACCACAAUUGUUCAAAGAUUUAUCAGAAUGCAGUGUUGGAGCUUGCGGCACUCUACGGGCAAACCGACGCGGAACUCCGCCUCAAAUACAGAGAGCUAAGUUGAAAAAAGGAGACGACCCAAUGUUUGUUCGGGACGACAAGUGUUUAUUCAUUGCCUGGAUGGACAAGAAGCAGGUAAAUGUGCUGUCUACCAUCAACAACACCCGUAUGAUGAUCAAGUACAUUCGAUGCAGGGACCCAGCCAAUAACAACAGGAGAGAGAUCAACAAACCAAAAGCUAUCGAGUGUUACAACCAGUUUAUGGGUGGAGUGGAUUUAUUGGAUCAAAAGAUUUGGACCUAUCUUGGUGUGCACAGAACAGUAAAAUGGUGGAAAAAGGUGUUCCUCUAUUUAUUGGAACUGGCAUUUGUGAAUUUCACAGUUGUCUGGAAACGGUUGCAUCCAGGUGUGAAACUGGACAAAUACAAACUACGUCUUUCCAUCAUUUCGUCGCUUGUAGCAACACACGAUCGUGCCACAACUGCCAAGCCAAGAUACAGCAUUGACGAUGUUCCAACAAGACUGGAAAACAAACGCCAUUUCACCGGGAUCAACAACAACAAGACAAAAAGUGGAGCUCAGGCAUUUCCGGAUUGUGUUGUGUGUUCGGAUCGAAAAGUUCCAAAAGGUCGACAUCAAACACAGUAUAUCUGCAAACAAUGUGAUAAACCUAUGUGUCCUUAUCCUUGUUUUGAAAGGUACCACACAUUGCUGAGUUUCAAAAUUCAGUGCACAAAGGACUUGCAUAAAGAGUAACUGACAAAUAAAACAUUGUGCGAGUAGAAAUGUGGCAAAAUUUGUUUACCGUGUGUAUUUAUUUUUUUCAAAUUUAUGUACAACAUUUAUAAUUUCAAAAAAUUUCACUACAAAUAUUUACAAUUGUAGAAAAUUAUAUUAGUAAUAAAUCUUUCAUUACAUGUUGUGGUAUUAUUCCAAUAAUUAAUAAGUUAUAAUCAUUUUUAAUGAACCACUACUAAUUUCCUCCAUUUCACAAAAGGAGCCAGUUUUUGGAACCUGGUGGGCAAAAUUUUGUCCAGGUUGGAGAGAGUUAAGGUUGGGGUAGUGAUGUUUG